AUGGACCCUGACAGUAAUUGCCGGACACUUGACAGGCCAGAUUUCCAGGGCGAAGACGCGAGAAAGAGAGACAAGAGGGCGGGAACGCAAACGAAGACCAGACCUGAAGGAGGGGGAACGACGCCAGACGGCCUGGUUUUCCCCCUUCACCUGAGGGUCCCCGCCGCCGGAUCAGGUUUUUCUGAGGUCCCUGGAGACUGGAAAGUUGGACAAGGUUUCAAUCUGGCAGUGGACCACGGGGUUUUGCGGGAAAAGGAGAUCUGCAUUUAUAAAUACCUUAUCCAGGGACACUUUCUCAUCGCGAUCUGA